UUGAAGCAACAUCUUAGUAACCAUACUGAGUGUACAAGCCAACAGGCAUGAGACAGAAAGAGACUGAGGAUGAGAUGUUUCCCCUUUUCCUCGCAAUAAUAGCCUGACAAAGAAAAACUCAAUGGAAAUUUUUGAUAAGUAUGGUGGAGAAAAGAAGAGGCUGCACAUAUUACACGGAAUUUUAUUUGUUAUUUGAUCAGUCUAUUGCCUUGGAAUUUUAAGACAAUGGCGGACUCUGACGUGGCUGAUCACUUGGCACAGCUGAAAGUCAAACUUCUUAAGAAGAAACUAGAAAAUGAAUUUGAAAACUUGGAUGAGUUCGAAUUUCCUUUAUCUGCAACAUGGAACUAUGGUGGCUAUAAUCAUACUUUACAGAGUGCAAUGAAACGAAGAAAAGAUCUUCUGCAGAAACUCAGGGAGCAAAAUCUUUUGGAUGAAUUUUCACUCCCACACAGUUUGCCCAGAAUCCAAAGAAUGCCCAUCAGAUCAGAACAUAUCUACCAAACCCCUCCUCCCCCCCUUCCUCUUCCUCCCCCGCCUCCUCUUCCUCCUGCUGUACCUGAACAACCAAGAAUUAUCCAGCAGACAUUGCCUCCUCAACCAGCUACUAUUAUUCAACAGAUACCUCAGCAAUCACCACUCAUUACUCAGAUUCCACCUCCACAGCCUUUUCCAGCCCCUCGCUCUGGGAGUAUUAAAGAAGAUAUGGUGGAGAUGAUGUUAAUGCAAAAUGCGCAGAUGCACCAGAUCAUUAUGCAGAACAUGAUGCUGAAGUCCCUACCGCCACCUGUGUAUUCACCAGCAAAUGGACAUGGAGGUCCUGUUCUUCAACCUGGGCAGCAGCUUGCUGCCCCUGUUUUGGUAAGAGCAGAGAAGCCACGGCCUUCAACCAUACAUCAUCAUCACUACCCUACUCCUGGGAUAGCAGCUAUUCCACCUCAGGCUGGCUUUUCCAUGUGGCCUCCAGUCAUGCAACCUGGCUUUGGCACCCAACUAGGAGGAUUCCCAGCUGAUGUCCAUAAUUUGCCCAUUCCCAUUAAUAGUAUACAAAGGUAAGCCAACAAUGCCACACUGAAAGCAUUGCAUUGAUUCCAUAUGCCUUUCUGAUACUUUCUUAACCAUUUUCCACCUUGUUUUUGUUGAACAUUGCUGUCAACAG